AUGCAUUUGCUUGUGCUUCAUCUUCUCGUUUUUCUUCCCGUAGUCAACACUUAUGUAGCAGUGAAAAUUUUUCGUAGUUCGCUCUACUAUCCUAAUUCAUCAUGUGCUUUUAUAAGAAACACAACGUGGACGCAUGCUGUUUCCAUUAAUACUUGUAUUUGGGAAUGCAUAAAUGAACGUGACUGUCAAACGGCGAUCUAUUAUCACGAUGAGAAGAACUGUUCUAUGUUCUCUGAAUUAUGUGACACUGGUCGUGUUAAUACGUCUGACAAUAUUCGAGCAAGUGUUAUUUGUUAUCGAAAAUAUUACGGUAUUAUCAGUACAUGCUCUUCUACAGAGAGUACAACUGCUGAACAGACAACAACUGUAGCAAUACUCACGUCCACAAACAAUUCACCUGCCCCAUUAAUUAACGCGUUUUGGUCUUUUGAUAACACGUCCUACGACAGAAAUUUCAACUACAAUUCUACACUCAAUAAUGCAUCCUUCUGUCCAUCUUCCAUCACUGGACACGGUUCUGCACUAUGCUUCAAUGCUAGUCAAAAACAAGUACUUUUCAUUAAUCCAAACAAUCAUCUCAAUCUUUCAUUCACAAGUUUUACAUUUCACUAUUGGAUCUAUCUCUAUUCAACAGUUAGCAAUGAUCAAGGAAUGAUUGGACAAUGUCAAUCACACACAGCAAACCUAUGCUUACAUUUGACAAUACGAGACAGCAAGGCUCGAAUUAGUUUUUACGGCAACAACUGCACUGGUAGCACAACUGUCAAGAAUCAGACUUGGUAUCAUUUGGCAUAUGUCUAUGAUUAUUCAAAUGCUACGCAGCUCGUUUACCUCAAUGGUAUCCUCGAUUGUAUCCAACAAGGUACAAGCACACCUCUCGCAAUCACUAAUUCCAGUUCUAUUCCCCUGACGAUCGGCUACACAUCUCCACUUGGCUCAUGCUAUUUCGAUGGUGUCAUCGAUCAUCUGACACUUGUUCAGUGGCCGAAGAAUGCCUCCGAGAUUCUCGAACAAGCAACACUUGUUGCGCACUAUGAUUUUGAUAAUUCUUCUAUCGAUGAUCAUGGACCAAACAGAAUAUCUUCACUCACUUCCAAUACUACACUCGCCAACAACUCUCUUCUCCUCGAUUCAACGUCAUCCUAUUUUCAGUCAUCUGCCUUUGUUCUUCUCGCAAUCGACAAUCGUCCCUACUCGUUGAGUCUUUGGCUCAAGCCAUUUCGAACAAAUAAUAUCACGAUCUUACAUAUCUAUCAAUCAAAUCAGACAAACAAUGUCGAAUGGUGUUCCAUUCGUAUGUCCAUCAAUCAACAAAGUCAACUUCGAGUGCAAGCUCGAUCAUCCACUGGAAUGGUCACUCUUCUAGGUCCUUCGAUCGGUACCAAUGUUUGGACACAUGUUGUUCAAACUUAUUCGUCGAUCAACGGUACUCAGUUGUACAUCAAUGGCACAUUCUAUAACAAGUCAUCAUCGUCUGACUACCAAGGUGGAUCAAGACCACUGACAAUCCAACUGGGAGGAAGCUUAUUAAACGGUAUGAAUAGAUCAUGCUUUGAUUGGACAGUCGAUGACGACGAAUAUGAAGGAUGGAUAGAUGAAUUUCGUGUUUAUUCAAGAGAAGUGACAUCGAAUGAGAUUCAAGCAUUAUCAAUCAGAACAUGA